AUGGCGGAUCCGAGGAGGUCCCCCGAUAAGUCACAUCUCAAGGCGAAGAGCAUUCAACAACAGCAACAACGAUCACCUGCUCCAGCUCCAGCUCCAGCUCCCACAACCACACGGCCAACCUUUGUUGACGACGAUUCCGACGAUGAUGAUGAGUCUAGCGAUCAGAUGCCCCUACCCAGAAGCCAUACACCAGGUCAUCUUGCCAGCAAAAGCAUACAAGCAAAUCGUCGAAAGCCUUCCGAUCUUUCUAUCCGGCAGCGCUCUCAAUCCGCAUCACAGACCGCCCUGCAAGGAGUUUCCACCUCGAGACCAGCCCACAAACCACCACAUUCAAUCUCAACAAGCGCUGGCGAUGCCUCAAGUGAGGGAGAUCGACAUAAUCGGCGACCAACCGCUUCACGAUCGACAUCCGCCAUAACGAGCCGAACGACUGCACAAGCGACCGCUCGGUAUGCAUCGCAUAGAUCUCGGAUAUCACAAGACGAGUACACUGCGUUUCCGUCGCUUCCAGAUCCCCGGACGGCCCCAAACGUCGACGUGGCUCCAGCAUCUGGCAUGUACUGGUCCAAGGCACCCGUGUCGGGCGCUCCUCACACCUCAUUACGAGCACACACAACAACAAUCAUUGGCUCGAACGUUUAUGUAUUCGGCGGCUGUGACUCGAGAACAUGCUUCAAUGAUCUCUACGUGCUGGAUGCCGAUUCUUUCCAUUGGUCUAUACCUCAUGUCGUUGGUGAUAUACCUGUUCCUCUGAGAGCCAUGACAUGUACUGCCGUAGGCAAGAAACUCAUCGUGUUUGGCGGAGGUGACGGCCCGGAGUAUUAUAACGAUGUCUAUGUCCUGGAUACAACAAACUUCCGGUGGACAAAGCCCCGUAUUAUAGGAGAUAAGAUGCCAUCGAAGCGGAGAGCGCAUACUGCCUGUUUAUACAAGAAUGGUAUAUACGUGUUCGGCGGCGGCGAUGGGGUCCGGGCUCUAAAUGAUAUAUGGCGGUUAGAUGUUGCCGAUGUCAACAAAAUGUCAUGGCGGUUAGUGUCAAGUUCAGAUAAGUCAAGUCCUGGGUCAAAAGACUAUCGUCCCAAGGCAAGGGGCUACCACACUGCCAACAUGGUGGGCAGCAAACUCAUCAUAUUUGGAGGCUCUGAUGGCGGCGAAUGUUUCGACGAUGUAUGGGUUUAUGACGUUGACGCCCAGUUAUGGAGAGCAGUCCCUAUCCCCGUUGCUUUCCGCCGCUUAUCACAUACGGCCACAAUAGUCGGCUCCUAUCUUUUUGUCAUUGGAGGCCACGACGGAAGCGAAUACUCGAAUGAUGUGCUGCUCUUGAACCUGGUUACAAUGACAUGGGAUAGACGCCGGGUAUACGGCAAAGCACCUUCGGGUCGUGGCUAUCACGGGACAGUGCUAUAUGAUAGCCGUCUCAUUGUCAUUGGAGGUUUCGAUGGAAGCGAGGUGUAUGGCGAUGUUAUGCUGUUAGAGCUAGCUGUGCAUGCAUACUAUUCGCAAAUUAGCCAUUUUACCAUCGAGGUUUAG